AUGGAUUUUAAGACUGACCGGAUGCCCCUCAUUGUCCGCCGGCUCCAGGGAGCAGAGGAGUCCUAUUGGCGGCUGGAAGGCGGAGGAAGGUCGCGGCCGGGCUCGGCAGCCCCAGAGAGGGAGGAGAGCCCCCCCGGCGGUGGCGGCCUCGGCCUCGUCGAGGGCGGCUGGUUCCGGGAGACGUGCAGCCUCUGGCCCGGGCAGGCCCUCUCCUUGCAAGUGGAAGCCGUCCUCCAUCACCAGCGCUCGCCCUUCCAGGAGAUCCUGGUCUUCCGCAGCCGGGUGCUCAUUAUCGGUGGUGGGGACGGAGGCGUCUUACGGGAGGUGGUGAAGCACCCUUCGGUGGAGUCAGUAAUACAGUGUGAAAUUGACGAGGAUGUGAUCCAGGCGUCCAAGAAAUUUCUCCCGGGAAUGGCGGUGGGAUACUCAAGCCCCAAGCUCACCUUACACGUCGGGGACGGCUUUGAGUUCAUGAAGGAGAAUCAAGAGGCGUUUGACGUCAUCAUCACUGACUCCUCAGACCCCAUGGGUCCUGCUGAAAGUUUGUUCAAGGAGUCUUACUAUCAGCUGAUGAAGACGGCACUGCGGGAAGAUGGCAUUCUGUGCUGCCAGGGGGAAUGCCAGUGGUUGCACCUCGACCUGAUUAAGGAAAUGCGUCAGUUCUGCAAAUCUUUGUUCCCGGUGGUGGAGUACGCCUUCUGCACCAUCCCGACCUACCCGAGCGGGCAAAUUGGCUUCAUGCUUUGUAGCAAGAAUCCGAAUACAAACUUCAGGGAACCGGUCCAGCUGUUGUCCCAAGAGAAAGUGGACAUGAUGAACCUUAAGUAUUACAACUCAGAGAUCCACCGGGCAGCUUUCGUCCUGCCGGAAUUUGCACGAAAGGCCCUGAGUACCGUGUGAGGAACAGCCAACGGGUGGCUUCGCCUCUCGCCUCGGACCCCCGGGGGGGGGAUCUUGAAGUGACCACGUCAAUGUAGCGGAUUCCCUCUCGUGGGCAGUCAGUAUGGGGCCACAUCCUGUUCUCUGCCUGGGGGUCCCAGCCGGCCCCCGUUUUUUUGUUUUGGUUUUUUUUACCAGCUAAACAUUCCUUCCAAUUAUGUAUUUAAAAACGAAGAAGAGGCUGUCUGGGUUUUACGCCCGAUUGGAGCCGCCAGAAAGGAACAAAAGAAGAUGAAUCGGGUCCAGCCCCGUUACUCAGUGCUCGAACCUGCCUUUCCAGAACUUGACUGACACUGAAAAACAGGGCCUCGGGCCUUCCUUUGCAAAGCCUCUCCACUCCAAAGUCCUGUAUUUAUAACUGGCAAUGUAUUUUUUUCCACCCUAUUGUCUGUUUCCCCCCCAUUCAGGAAGGGUUGCUUGCUUCCUCUGCCCUGCAGUUUGGUGGAAGGGGCUAAUGGAGGGUUGGUUUGGCAAGCCCCAAAUCCCCAAAUAACUCAUUUUUUCGCUGCUCGUUCGCUCUUUUCCUGCCCCGUUCCUCUCUCCUUUUACAGGACAAUCUGAUCUCUUGCCCCUUUUCUCUUCCGCGCUCAUCUCUGAACUUGUCCGGCCAUUUGCCUUCUGCAACACCCCCAAGCUUUUGACUCUGAUUUAGCUCGCUCUUGGGAAUAUUGCUUGUGAAUUUUUAGUUUUCCAGGCUUAAAAAGGGUAAUUGUUUAUAUAGCCUCUUAGCAGCCAGGGAAGGUAUCCCUAUCGUGAAAUGAAAUUUUUGUCCUUAGAGAAUCGUUGCCUCUGUUUUUUAUUUUUAUUUUUAAACCUCAUCUGCAAGAGGGGGGGGGACAGAAGUAAAGACGUCUGUCAGAGCUGAGUCUCCCUCUCUGCAACUUCGUUAAGCCCAAACAGACAAGAAGCGGCAUUAUAGUGGGAUUACAGUGCCUGGAAGAUUUCUUUUUUAAAAAAUUAAAAUUGCCUGUAUUGUAGCCUUUCUCCACUCAGCAUCUUCUGGAAGGAUUGGAACUCUAUCAUCCCCAAUCACUGUGGCAAGGAUGAUGAGGGACAUCAUCCAACUCUUCCAGGGACCACCAGCCUCGAAACCCAGCAGCAAAUCCUGGGCAGAAUUGGCCCACAGAAUGAACAGCUAAAUGGUCAGCUUUAACUUCUAUAAAUCCCACCGAUUAAAUGGGUCUGCUCUAAGCAGGGCGUCCAGUUGGAUUUUGGCCUACGUUUGUUGCUGCUUAUAGGUCAAAGAAUCUUUUUUUAAAUUAAACCUACAGCCUUCAUUGGGAUCGGUUCUGUUCAGACUGGAAUUUGUACGUGUGCAGAGGUCCACAUCAUGAGAAUCUCA